GUUGCGUUUUGAGUUGGUUUGACUUGCCCAUGACCGCAUUGCGAUUGAGACCACAUAUUUGUUCACAUUAAAGCGGUCAAUUUUGCGAAAAAAAAGAAUUCGUGCUAGCGAUUUAUGCAGCCGCGUAACGUACAACUUCGCAUGUACGAGCGUGAGAUGCUUUUUUUCCGUGGGGUGAUCCUCCCCCUUUGCAAAUUUUCCUCUUUUACCACACUGAAGGGUCACUCCGUUCGGUAACUCUUCGCCGAGCCAAGGCGAUGGAAUGAAGUUUCCUUGUUGGAGAUACCUACCUCAGUUGCCUGCAUAGAGGAAUUUUAAAAGUGUCAUUUUUUCAUUUCAGUUGGUGGAUUGUCGCCUUUGGAGGGGGAGCUUCUAACCAACGAGCAGAACGAAGGAAAAGUUUUUUUUUUUUCUUUUUCCAUCUGUUCGCCUCCUUUGCAGCGUUUUGAGGGCCUAUUUGGGAGGUACAUAUUGAUACGGCGAAGCGGUUGAUUUGGGCCCCUUUUUCUCGCAGCCCUGCCGAAGAUCACCGAAGAUCGCCGAAGAUGAGUGAAGAGAAGGACUACCUCACUGGUAGCACCUCCGCAGAGAGCCACAGUGGUCGAGGGAAGGACCCAGAAGGGGAAAUGGUGAGCAGCCCCAACAGCAGUGGUGAUAGUAAGACGGGAAUUGAAGAAGGAGGGCUGCCCGAUGCGGCGCGAGAAGGUAAAGCAGAUAAGGAAAGAAACGCGGAGAGGCGAGCGGCGAAAAUGAGGAAGGAGAAGAAGAAGAAAAAAGGCGGGACUGAAGAGCGGGUCGAAGCUGGAGCCAAAGCUGGAGCCAAAGCUGGAGACAAAGCUGGAGACAAAGCGGGGAUGAAGCAGAAAAAAAAGGGGCAAAAUAAAUCGGAAGGGAAAGGGGAAAACGGAACGGAGGAGAAAAUCACCGCGAAGAAGGGACCCGAAAAGUUGGGCCGUCGAGCGGAAAAAAAGAAGAGCCACAAGAAAGGCGCGUCCAAAAAGGAAGGGAAAGGAGAACUGACAAAUGAGCGAAAGUCACGAGGAGGGAAGCACCCCAAAAAGGGGACCGACUAUGAAGAUACCACUGGAAGCGACGCAUUCAACUCCAGCGUGAAAAGUGCCAACACCAGAAGGGGGAAGAACAUUUUUGCGAACGAGGAAAUUGAUGAGAGUGACGAUGAAUACAACCUGAACACGCUCGGGGAUUUCGACCUGAAGCAUUACGAAGAUUUGGACAUUGUGGGCUACGACAUUUGGGGGAACAAAAUUCAGAAGAAGGACGAAAACGCCAUCGACGACUUCCUGGAGUCCAAGAGGGACCAAAACGCAUGGAAAAAAAUAAAGGAUAAAAAAAACAACCGAGUUGUGGAGCUGACCAACCAGGACCUGGAAAUAAUCAGAAGCAUUCGUCAAGGCAAAGUGGCGAAACGUAUGAACGAGGAAAAUUACGUGUACGAAAAUGAAAAGGAGGAAUACAAAUUGGGAGUGAAGGAGCCAGCCAACCGCAAGUACAAACAGUCAGCGGAGGAAAAAAAAAAAAUACAACAAUUGAUAAUGCAUUUAAUGGAUAAAGAAAAAAAUCCAGAGAAAUAUAAAAAGGAGGAGGACGAAUUUAAGUUGCUAUACGAUUUGUGGAAACACAAAAUUUACGACGAUUUUAACAAUGUAAAUGAAAUGAAUUUGCCAAAUAUUUUGCCAGGACAUAAGUACAGUUACAAUCCCCCCCCUGAGUUGAUGUACAAUUCAGCGGACAGAAGAAAAAUUUUAAAACAAAAUAGUGACGCGUUCAUUCCGCAAAAUUUUGAAAAAAUAAGAAAUAUAGAAUUUUAUAAAAAAACGUAUUUUGAAUUAUAUCAAAGGUGUUUAGAUAUAUACCUCUGUUCGCGAUCUUUAAAAAAUGUUCUUCAUAUAAAGAAGGAAGAUUUACUCCCCAAGUUGCCUUCCACCCAAUCGCUCAAGCCGUACCCGCAGCACCCCUUUGUGAAAUACAUCAUGGAUGACCCCCUCAGUGGGGAUAAAAAUAAAUACCUGAGUCAGAUAGACGUAAGCGAAGAUCACCACGUUGUGUAUACAGUUCAGUGUGGCAAACUCUACAUCUUCGACGUUCUGACGUCUUACAAUAUUGCCAUGAUAGACCUGGCGUACUACUAUGGAGCGGCACUACCCAAAGGGAAAGGCGCGGAAAAAAGCGGAGGAACAGCUUAUGAAAACAUUCGCAUAAAGGCCAAUAAGGCGUACGACAUCGUGGCGGUGUCCUUCGCCAAUACGAUUUUGCUUUUUCACUAUGAGAACUUCAUUCCGCCAGCCAAGUCGGGCGCGGACAAUAUUGAGGAAGUAUACCGCAUGGACUCCAAGCGGAGGAAGAACUCCGUUGGGGAUGGUGAGGAAGACAGCAGAGGUGAUGAAACGUUGGAAGAGCGUGACAGUGAGGGGGACGCCGCACAAUUGUCGGACGAUGACGAUUUCGAGGGUUCUCUGGACGGUGGUGAUGAUGAUGAUGAUGCGAGCGAGGAUGGGAGCGACCAAGGGGACGACGAUGAGGAGGAGGACCAUUCGGAUGAAGAAUUAGGCAAAAAUGAGGAAGAGACAGGGGAGACACCCUCGAGAAGGAAAUGCGGACCGUUGAGCAGAACUAUGGCUUAUUACAUGACGAAAGGUCUACUCAGCGUGUUUCACAAAAAUUUUAAAAGCUCGGAGGAAUACGUGUACUCCCCCGACGUGGACGUGAAGUGGAAGCACAUAAAACCGAAUGACCGGAAGAUAAAGUACUGCGUGGCAAUCCAGCAUGAGGGGAAAAUAAGGAACUUCUCGUGGAACAAAAAUGGAAAUUACCUCUCCGUAACGUGCUUACGAAAAGUUGGGCAGUACCACUACUGCUAUUUGCAUCAUUUAAAAUCAAUGAAGUCCAUCAAACUGAUAAAAAAGUACAAUCAGAAGAGGGGCGACCUCGUUCAGUCUAUGUUUUUUCCCUCGAGUCCUUAUUUCUUGGCGGCCUUUCAAAACGGGAUCACGAUAUAUAACCUGAAAGCCAAGUCGAAGAAAGAGAGAAUCGUAAAAAAACUGAGAGGCAUUCAAAAUAUAACAUGUGUGGAUGUACACAUUAACGAAAGUUACAUUUUAUCUUCGGACGAGAAGGGGAACGUGUUCAUUUUUGACUUGGACCUGUCGAGCAACCCGUACAAGAAAUUUCACCUCCAGGAGUGUUCCUUGAAGAAGGUGGAGUUUCACAAAAAGUACAAUUUGUUUUAUUCGUUAAGUUCAAAUGGAGUAGUGAAUUUGUUUUAUGCGAAGUUUUUUCAAGACUAUGUGACCAACCCUGUUUUGCUGCCAAUUACGCAGCUGACGAGUGAGUCAAAGAUUAGCGACGUCACCUGGUCGGGCAGGAGCCCAUGGCUGUUCGCGCACACGGAAGGGAAUUUCUCCGUCCUGUACACGUAG